AUGAAAAAGCCCUCCAGGAAUCUGAAAAAGCACCAUAAUCUCUCAGAGGAUCCCUCAGAACCCAAAGAGGAUCCGGGGUCAGUGGACCGCCUGUUCACUGGUUCAGCCACGACGACAUCCAGAGAUGGAGCUCCUCGCAGGGGUGAGGUGGUCAGCAAGGCCAGGGUUCCUGCACACGGACAGGUCCUUCAGGUGGCGCUGGAUCCCCCGACGAAGCACCAGACGAAGAGUCCUGAUCCUGAUCCUGAUCCUGAUCCUGAUCCUGAUCCUGAUCCUGAUCCUGGUCCUGGACUCGUACGAACCCACAGUGAUCGCUGCCAUCGGGGACGCUGCUCUCUGAUCAAACGCACAGACGACUGGUUCGAGGUGUUCGCCUUCCACCUGGACCGGGUUCUGGGACUCAACAGGAGCCUCCCCGCCGUUCUGCGGACUUUCCACAGCGAGAUUCUGCCGUAUCGGUACACCAGUGGGACCCCGAGACCCGUGGUGUGGUGGGACCCGGAUAUUCAACACCUGGACGACAGCGACAACGACCAGAACUCGGUGCCGCUCAGUUUUGUCCAGUACCAGAAGCUGCUGAAGGUCGGAUGUGGGCGGGAAGUGGAUCUGAGGUCAGCGCCGUGCGUGGGAGUCCACCACUCGGAGUGGGGCCGACUGGCGCUGUUUGACUUCUUAUUACAGGUGAAUGACCGUCUGGAUCGGUACUGCUGUGGUUUCAGACCCGACCCUUCAGAACCCUGUGUGGAGAACCUGCUGAACACCAAAUGUGGGAACACCAAAGACCUGCUGCUGGUCCACAUCCUGGUGAGGAAGGCAGAUCCUUCCAGACUCGUCUUCAUCGACAACGCCGGCAGACCAGAGCAACCCGCUGACAACCUCAACUUCAGGCUGGUUGAGGGCAUUGAAGAGUUUCCAGAAAAGGCUGUGUCCGUGCUCCAGUCCGGUUGUCUGGAGAGUCUUCUUCUGCGCUCCUUAUACACCGACAGGGAAUUCUGGGACGUGGUGGGCAGGGCCGGCGGUCUCAGGCCUUUCAUCCGAACGGUGGAGCAGAGAGGAAAGAUUCUCCUCCAACACAUCACAGACAAAAAGCUGCAGCUGAAGAGGGACCUGUGAGGAUGGAGGCCACGUCCACAAGUGGAAGUCCAAGUGCCAGAGCCGGGGUUUGAUCAAAGGCAGAUCAGGCUUCAGAGGAACAGACUCAGUGUCGCUUUUGCACCGACGGUAACAGCUCAACUCGACUCCACUCGACCGGGCAUUUCCAUUACAUGAGGGCAGCCGCUAUCAGGAACCAUCAGAUACUAUUUCUAGUGUCACCUUGGCUGAGUUGUGACGGAAAAUCAAAAUACCGCCGUGUCAGUACGUGCAGUUCGAAGUGGCAGCUGGUUAGAGAGCUGUUUAGACGUAUUCAUCUGAGCAAAAUGGUCUCUGAAAUAAAAAAAUAUGUUUAAAUUAUUAACAUGUAAUACUUGUCACGUGUCCUGUAGUUUAUGUCAUCAUCUGCUGGAGUGGUUUUUAACUGUGUUUACUUCAUUUCUGUGUGAAUAUGUUCAUUUCCUGGUCACAUGACGCCGGUAA